UGUGGAGAGGAUAUGAAAGAUACAGAACAAGAUAAGGAAAUUAUGGGAUUAAAGGAUUUUCAUAUUGGAUUUGCACAGAAUUGUUUAAAUAUCAUACUGAGCGCAAUAUUGAACUGAUACAUUUAAAAGCAACAUAAACUGAACUUUGCUGUGAGCAUUUAAUAACCUUAGUAUCCUUGCUACUGCUAUUUAUCCUUUGCCAUUCCUCCUCCGAGGGCUCAAUCCUUAAAUCACAACACUAAUCCUCAUGACUGUAUUUUUAACUCUGUUGAGGACAGAAAGAACAGCAAUGGGAUUAUGGCAUCAGUGAGGUGGGGCAAAUCCCAACUCUUGAUCUUCAGUUGAGCCGAAACAAAUACAGUUGCUUUUUCUUUCUGUCUUUUUAGCUAUAUUGCAAACUCUAAAAAGCUUGAAGCGGUGGAAUAUGUUUUGUCUAUCUGUCUGAAAAUUUAUUUGAAGCCUCAAACCAAUACGCAUUUUUAAAGGAAAGUGGGAUGUGUACUCUUGGAAUGUAGAAUCUGCUUUUUUCUGUUUUAAUUUCUAACAAGAAAAUAGUUUAUUUUUUUCUCUACAAUUUUCAGUUCUUUACUCUUUUUGCACAUUCUUCAUUAUUUAAGUAAGUGUCAUAAUGGAUCAACCAAGAAGACAUCUUAAAAAGCUGAAAAAGAGACGUUCAAGUCUAUUUGCAAGUGUCAAACUUAAUGCCAGCUUUUCACAGAGUAUAGAGGAAGAAGAGUGUGCCUUUCCUUUUUCACAAGACAGCUCUGUGAAACCUUGGACGUCGAUGGACAACCUUGAUACUCCAUCACCUCAGGCAAGUGACAAAAGAGAUCAAGAAAAGAGGAAAGCCAGUGAUGCUGAAGCAGCAAAGAUGCCACACCGCCAUUCAACUGUGAUGAAUGUUAAUGUAGGUGGGAAAGUCUUUACCAUUCCCAAGCACCUGGCUAUCAGAUACCCUAAAACCAGAAUAGGCAGCUUAGCCCUGUGUAAGGAUCCCGUCAAGCAGCUAACGCUCUGCGAUGACUAUUGUGUGAUCACUAAUGAGUUUUUCUUUGACCGAGAUCCUACUUUCUUCCACUACAUCUUCCACUUUUAUUGUAGCAAUGUGUUAUGGGUAAUGGAGAGUCUUUGCCCUGUUAAUUUUGAGGAGGAAAUGCAGUUUUGGGGCCUGCAUUUGAGGGACACUCCCCGCUGUUGCCGCAUUCUCUAUGAGGAGAAAAUAGAUGAGAUAAGAGACCAGCUGAAAGUGAACAGAGAGCUAAUGGCGGAAAUUGAGCCUCAGCACGAUGAGGCGGGUUUCCAGAAAAUGUUUUUGGGUGGUGUUCGUAAGGUGCUAUGGGACCUGAUGGAGAACCCAUACUCCUCGAUGACUGCUAAGGCUUUUGCUGUGUUCUCCAGCCUGUUUGUGCUCAUCUCCAUAGUAGCGAUGACUCUAAAUACUGUAAGCGAACUGAAACAUUAUAAAAUCUUUGGAAGAACCUAUAUGGAGUGUGUGGAGAUCACCUCAAUUCUCUUCUUCACUUUCGAGUACUUCCUUCGCUUGCUGACAACUUGUGACGUCAAGCAUUUUUUGAAGAGUGCGCUUAAUUUUGUAGACUUAGUGGCUGUCAUGCCUUACUUUAUCCAGCUGAUAUUUGAGGCUUUUGCUAACCAGGAAGAUCUCAGCGUCCAAGAUGACUUGAAAACCAUGGCAAGGGUUAGCAAAGUUAGCAAAGUGCUUAAAGUUGUCAAACUCAUGCGAAUCUUUCGCAUUCUGAAACUGGCGAGGCACUCGACGGGGAUGCGGGCGUUCGGCUUCACUCUUCGCCAAUGUUUUGAACAGGUCUGCUGUCUGUUUCUGUUCAUUAUCAUGGGGAUCUUCACCUUCUCCGCCCUAAUGCACUCAGUGGAGCAGGAUGUCGUAGGAACACCUUUUAGCAGUAUACCCGAUGCUUGGUGGUGGGCAGCGGUGAGCAUCUCUACGGUGGGCUAUGGAGAUGUGGUGCCCAUAUCGUAUUCUGGUCGAGUGGUGGCCUUCGGGUGCAUAUCUUUCGGCAUUAUUUUAAAUGGAAUGCCAAUCUCCAUUCUAUUUAACAAAUUUUCUGACUAUUAUGCCAAGCUGAAGGCCCAGGAGUGCACUAACACAAAAGUCCAGCAUGGAUUGAACCUCAAGAAAAGAUUGCGAAGGAAAUUCGAGAACUGCUUUGAGCCUCUAGCUGAGGAGUCUGAUGAGGACAAUAGACAUCACACCGGCCAGUGUCAUCACUGAAUGUCCUUGUCAUCCACCCUGCCUUCACUGCCCUUGAACAGACAGUUCAGGUUCCCUGCCUGCUUGAAUUAAAUAGGGAUUUAAAAGAUGGGUGAACGCCAGGUUAAAGAAAAUUAAGCCAUUAGCUUUAAGAUGGCUUACUAAUGGCAUGUCGCUGAGGAUCUUUGGUGAAAUACUUUAUGUUGGUUUUCUGGCAGUAUCUAUUCAGUUGUCAAAUAAUUUCAGGCAUUCAAAUAAAAAGUUAUUACGAACUGCCAACUAUUAUUUGCAGCAUCAACACAAUCUGUGUUAACAUGAUUUUUGAAUUGCGUCCCCUGAGGAGGUCGAAGUGCACUGUACAGAUAAAUACAGACAAGAAUCCUGAGAAUCCACCGAUUUUUCUUCCUCAGUUAAAACAUAAAGGAUUUCAGAGGAUCAAGUGAGACUUACGUGGCCUUCAGACUCCUUUUUGGUAUAUGUGAAGUGUUGCUUUCACAUGUUUCUGUUCUAGGUGAAGAGCAUUUGGACCAUGACAUUCAAAGACUGAUAAAAUCAUUGAGAAAUUCAUUUCUCAACAAAAUUAAUUUGAACAUUAUAUUUGUAUAUUCUCCAGUAAGCACUUUAUCACCCUUUCAGAUUAGCCCAACUGACAUUUUAACUGUUUUUGGAAGGUCUGAAGAGUGAUUUCUUCUAUUGUUUCAUUAUUUGUAAUGAUUGUUGUUUAUAAGACUGUAUCUGCAGUAAGACAGAGCCAUACAAUUACAAGAACCUGUUAAUUUCUGUUCCCCUUUAUAAUCCUAUAUCCUUCCUAUAAUACUUCAAAUUAUCAUCAUAUCAUCAUCAUGUCAAACUUCUAUUCUGUGAAACUUUUACAUAAUAUAUGGAUCACCUUUGCUGUGUUACAUAACAUACUCCUGCAACUUGCAUAUAUUAAAAAACUAAUAAAAGAUA